CUGCAGAGGGAGGGAGGGAGGGAGGCAGGCAGGGUUUUUCCAACUUUCUGUGUGAGUGUUUUUGUACGUAGAAGGAAGGAAGGAAGUAUCUGAUCUUCUUCGUUAUUCUGUCUCUCUCUGUUUCUUCGUUCAGAUUUCCAACAAGAGUAGUGUAGAGUAGAGUAGAGUAGAUUAGAGCAUCUCGCAAACCCCAACAAUGGCUUCCAUUCUAUCAAAGAAGAAGAAGAAGAAGAAGAACAAGAGAGAGAAAUACAGUAUUUCAGAGCUGACAACCCUAGGCCACCAGCUUCUGUCUUCCAGGGCUCACAUCAACAACCUACCUCUCCUCAUGAGCUUCGUCUGCUCCGGUACCUCUCCGCCGUACUACGCCCUCGAAGCUCUUCUCUCCGUUCAGUCUUUCUUCACUCCUAUCCUCCCCGACCUUCCUUCCCACCCCCAAGGCGACCCCCAAGAUCCCGAAUUCAUCUACCGCACUUGGCUCCGAUCCAAGUUCGAUGAUUUUGUCAAUUCCCUCAUCGAUAUUGCCGUAUCUCCCCAAUCCGAAGAAGCUCUCAGGGAACUUGUGUUGGAUACGAUAAUGGAGUUCGUCAAGGUUGGGAAUGGGGGAAGGUUUCACUCCUCUAUAUACCACAGGUUUAUUUACAGCAUUCUUCAUUCAACUGUGGGAAUUGAAAUUUUCUUAGAUUUACUUGUGUCAAAGUACUUCAACUACAUUGACAUCCAGUAUGUAUGUGUACACCAUUAUCUUCACUUGUUGCUCUCUUCUCCUUCUCCUUCUUGGGGGAUUCAUAAUUUUUACAUGGUUGCAUAUUUAUGGAAUGGAAUUAACCAGAGGAAGAACUCCUGGCAAGAUGGUGUGUUGGAGACUAAUUGCCCUAUCCCUCCUAACUCAAACUCCACUUACAAGUUCCAAACCAAAGAUCAAAUUGGAACCUACACAUACUUUCCAUCAACUUUUAUGCAUAAAACUGCUGGAGGGUUUGGAGGACUAAAUGUAUAUGCAAGAUCUGUGAUUCCUGUACGAUAUCCUACACCUGUAGCAAAUUUUACUUUACUUAUUGGUGAUUGGUACGAGACCAGCCAUAAGCCUAUAUUAAAAGAAAAACAAAAAAAAAAACACAAAAACACUGAAGUCUUGCUGGUGUGUUGCAGUGUAGAGCUCCCUAUUCACAAGAUAUAUCGUAUCUUAUCACACAUCCCCCCUUUAGAAGGCACGGAUGAGAAAGCUGAACAUGAGAUGUGGAAUGGAUCAGGAGUCUUUGUUAAAGAAGGUGAUCACAAAGAGCAUUCUCAACAUCCAAAAGCAGAUGAUAAACAGAACAAGGUAUUGUCUGCAGUUAAUAUUGCCAAAAAGAUGAAAUUGAAGUUUACUAAAGCUUGGAUAUCAUUUCUUAGGUUACCACUCCCGGUUGAUUUGUACAAGGAGGUUCUUGUUACACUUCAUCAGGCAGUUAUCCCUUAUUUGUCAAACCCAAUCAUGUUAUGUGAUUUUCUGACGAGAUCAUAUGACAUUGGAGGUGUUAUCAGUGUCAUGGCUCUUAGCAGCUUGUACAUUCUUAUGACACAGCAUGGCCUUGAGUAUCCUAACUUCUAUGAGAAGCUUUUUGCACUAUUGGUACCCUCCAUCUUUAUGGCAAAGCAUCGGGCAAAAUUUUUUGAGCUUCUUGAUUCAUGCCUAAAAUCACCACUUCUUCCAGCAUAUUUAGCUGCUGCUUUUGCUAAGAAAUUGAGCAGACUGUCUCUUUCAGUUCCUCCGUCAGGAGCGUUGGUCAUUAUUGCUUUGAUUCACAACCUUUUACGGAGACAUCCUUCAAUCAACUGUUUGGUUCAUCGGGAGAAUGGUGAUGGAACUUCUAGGGAUAAUUCUAGAGUGGAGGAUGGUGAAACCGAGGACUCCUGUACCAAACCAGAAAUAUCUACCAAACCAGAACUAUCUAGUAAAAAAUCAGGGAUUGAUCAUUUCAACAAUGAGGAAAGUAAUCCUGUAAAAACUGAUGCAAUGAGAAGUUCUCUUUGGGAGAUUGAUACCCUCCGUCACCACUACUGCCCACCUGUAUCAAGAUUUGUUUUGUCGCUUGAGAAUGAUUUGACAGUAAGAAGCAAAACGGCUGAAGUUGCGGUUAAAGAUUUCAGUUCUGGUUCAUAUGCAACAAUAUUUAGAGCGGAGAUUGGACGAAGGGUAAAACAGGUUCCACUUGCAUUCUACAAGGGAACUCCCAGCUCUUUGUUCUCAGAGUCUGAUUUUGCCGGUUGGACUUUCAAAUAUAAAGAAAAUGACAAGUUGUUUACUAGUGGUGUUGAUAACAAAAACAUAGACAUAUCUGAAGAUCACGGUCAUGGUUCUGCAAAGCGCCAGCGAAUUGAGUGCUCGUGAAGCAAGUGGCGUCUUUAUUGUUAUCAAGUUUUGACUUAUUAACAAUGUCUAUUUUGUAGCUUAUAUGCUUGGAAGCCGUUUACCUGGUUCUUUUUCCAUUUUUCAUAUUUCUCUACAAUUCCUUUUCUUUUCUUUUCAUUUUUAAUAGAUGUUAAUGUAAUUGGAGUUGCAAAUAUUUCACUUAUUAAUGGAUCCAUUCUCAUGGGGAUUUUUCUCAAA